UCGUCUGUGAACUACCGUCGUGCGAGGAUCUAAAAAAUAGAAAAAGGGAAGAAAAUAAAAGAUUUUCAGUUUGAAAUUUAAAAGGUUUUGUGCUGUUUCAAAAGAAAGUGAAUAAUUUGCUAUUGUUGCCAUGUCUGAUGAUGGAGAUGCAAAGGUUCUUUCUGGAAAUGAAGUUUCCAAAGAAAUACGCGAUAGUCUCAAGAAGAACGUUUCAGAAUUAAGUAAGAAACUUCCAGGCUUCCGACCAGGGUUAGCGAUUGUUCAGGUUGGCGGACGCGAAGAUUCAAAUGUCUACAUCCGUAUGAAGUUGAAGGCUGCCACUGAGAUAGGAAUUUAUGCUGAACAUGUGCAACUUCCAAAAUCGAUUACGGAAGGCGAGUUAUUAGCUAAGAUCAAUAGUUUGAACAUAGAUCCCAAAUUCCACGGAAUCAUCGUUCAAAUGCCCUUAGACUCGAGUAAUAAAAUCGACUCUCACUUGAUCACCGAUUCUGUCUCCACUGAUAAGGAUGUUGAUGGAUUAAAUACAAUCAAUGAAGGAAAGAUCGCAGUUGGUGAUCUCAAUGGGCUCUUGCCAUGCACACCAAACGGUGUCCUGGAGUUGAUUAAGCGAUCUGGCAUCAACAUUGCAGGUAAAGAAGCUGUCGUCUUAGGCCGAUCAAGAAUUGUUGGCACGCCCUGUGCUGAGCUCUUAAAAUGGAAUCAUGCAACAGUCACUGUUUGCCAUUCAAAAACUGAAAACCUUAAGCAAAUUUGCGCUCGUGCUGAUAUCCUUGUCGUUGCUAUCGGACAACCGGAAAUGGUGAAAGGUGAUUGGGUUAAAAAGGGAGCCGUCGUUAUCGAUUGUGGCAUAAAUGCUAUUAAUGAUCCGUUGAAGCGCAAUGGACAAAAACUUGUAGGCGAUGUUGCUUAUGAUGAAUGCAAGAAGCAUGCUGCGUAUAUAACUCCAGUUCCAGGUGGAGUUGGACCAAUGACGGUUUGCAUGUUGAUGGCAAACACUAUAAAGUCAGCCGAAAAGUUUGCUGAUCGCAUGCUUGAUACCAAAUGGAAACUUCAAAAGCUUUCAUUGAACAUUUUAUCGCCAGUUCCAUCAGAUAUUGCGAUAUCUCGAAGUCAAGUUCCAAAACUUAUCACGACUUUGGCAGAAGAAGUUGGUUUGUUGCCUAAUGAAGUGUCAGCUUAUGGCAAUAAGAAAGCGAAGAUUUCUUUAACUGUGUUGGAUCGAUUGAAGGAUCAAGCAGAUGGCAAAUAUGUUGUAAUAGCUGGGAUCACUCCAACUCCGUUAGGAGAAGGGAAAAGCACAACUUUGGUUGGUCUGGUUCAAGCUUUGGCAGCACACAAGGAUAAAAAUGCAUUUGCAUGUCUUCGUCAACCAUCACAAGGUCCAACAUUUGGAAUCAAAGGUGGUGCAGCAGGUGGCGGUUACUCUCAAGUCAUCCCAAUGGAAGAUUUCAAUUUGCAUUUAACUGGUGACAUUCAUGCAGUCACAGCUGCAAACAAUCUUCUUGCCGCACAGCUCGAUGCAAGGAUCUUUCAUGAAGCAACUCAAACUGAUCAAGCACUUUAUGAUCGUCUCGUGCCAGCUAACAAUGGUGUCAGAAAAUUCUCUUCAAUUCAAUUACGACGUCUUGAACGAUUGGGAAUUAAAAAGCUUGAACCAGAAACUUUGACAAUUGAUGAGAUUUCAAAGUUUGCGAGAUUGAAUAUCGAUCCGACUCGUGUUGUUUGGCAAAGAGUUGUUGAUGUCAAUGAUCGUUACUUACGUAAGAUCACAAUUGGCCAGUCACCAACUGAAAAGAACUUUACAAGAGUUGAAUCUUAUUCAAUUUCUGUUGCAAGUGAAAUUAUGGCGAUUCUUGCACUUGCAACAAGUUUGGAUGACAUGAAGCAACGUUUGUCGAAAAUGGUUGUUGCAUUCUCGCGAAAUGGAACUCCAGUAACAGCUGAUGACUUGGGCAUGACAGGUGCUUUAAUGGUUCUCAUGAAAGACGCAUUAGAACCAACAAUGAUGCAGACGAUCGAAGGAACACCAGUCAUGGUUCAUGCUGGCCCAUUUGCAAAUAUCGCACAUGGUUGUAAUUCGAUUCUUGCUGAUAAUAUUGCAUUGAAAUUGGCUGGCAAAGAUGGCUACGUUUUAACUGAAGCUGGUUUUGGAUCUGACAUUGGAAUGGAAAAAUUCUUCAACAUCAAAUGUCGUGCAUCUGGAAAAGUUCCAAAUGCAAUUGUUUUAGUUGCAACUGUUCGUGCCUUGAAGAUGCAUGGUGGUGGACCACCAGUUCUUCCUGGUUCACCUUUAAAACCUGAAUACACUCAAGAAAAUCUUCAACUCGUUGAGAACGGUUUAUGUAACUUGAUCAAACAUAUUGACAAUGGAAAGAAGUAUGGAAUUCCAGUUGUUGUUUCAAUCAACGUUCAUAAAAAUGACACCAAAGCGGAACAUGAAUUGAUUCAAAAAGCUGCACUCAAACACGGUGCAUUUGCUUGUGUCACUUCUAAUCACUGGGCAGAGGGCGGAAAGGGAGCUUUGGAAACAGCGCAAGCUCUCAUUGAUGCCUGUAAUCAGAAAUCAGAGUUUAAAUUUCUCUACGAUUUGGAAACGUCGAUUGAAGAGAAAGUCAACAAAAUUGCUAAGGAAAUGUAUGGCGCUGGUCAAGUGGAUUUCAAUGCAAAAGUUCGUGAAGCAAUUCGUCUGUACACAGAGAAAGGAUAUUCGAAGCUUCCAAUUUGCAUGGCAAAGACUUCAAACUCUUUAACUGGCGAUCCUAACAUUAAAGGAGCGCCAACAGGUUUCAGACUUGUUGUCAAUGACAUGCUUUUGUCAGCUGGUGCUGGAUUCUUAGUGCCAUUAAUUGGUGAAAUCUCACGAAUGCCAGGUUUACCCACUCGACCAGCAAUUUAUGAUAUUGACGUCGACACCAAAACGGGAGAAAUUAUUGGCUUGUUCUAAAAUCUUGUUGAAUAACAUUUGAAACUUAUUUACAAUAAAAUUUAAACUUCUCUUUGUUGCUAA